UCUCCAUUGCGCUCAUCCUACAAGGCGGCGGCGAAGCCCUCCCCUUUCUAUGGAGCAGAGCGGUGGAGAGAUCGCCGCCAAGCGCGCGAAGCCCUCCGAAGAUGACGCCGGUGUGGACCGCCUCAGCGAGUUCCCCGAGGACGUCCUGGUCCUCAUCCUCCUCCGCAUCGACACCGCCGCCGCCGGUCGAACCAGCGUCCUCUCCUGCCAGGAGGUCGGGGAAAUAGGCACCUUUGAGCUGCCCUGCCUCGAGCGCGCUGCCGUCGUCUCGCUCGACCUAGGUUUUCUUGGCCUCGCCGUGCAGCCCGCCGGCGUGUUCGCUCGGCUCACCGAGCUCUUCCUAAGCCGCGUCUGGUUCCACGGACAAUGCGAACUCGUCGACGUCGUCUCCUCGCCGCGGUGCCCAAGCUUGCAGAAGCUCAGCGUCCGUGACGCCCAUGGGCUGGUCAAUCUUGCCAUCCACUCGGAGUCUCGCGCUGCGAAAGCCGUGUGGGGGCACGCGAAGGAGGCUGGGGCGCGCACGUGA